GCACACUGGCGGCUCCCAGCCCAGUGCCAGCCUUCGGAGGCCUUUGCCUCACCGGGGUCUACACUUCUAUCUCCUUUGCAUAGGUGCUGAUUGAACCGGAGGACCGGCAGCCAAGUCAUCUCCGUGUCUCCCAGACCAGCGCCUGGUAGACGACAGCGGCUCCAGGACGAGAUGGCGGCCAAGCAGCCCCCGCCUCUCAUGAAGAAGCACAGCCAGACGGACCUCGUGAGCCGCCUGAAGACCCGCAAGAUCCUCGGCGUGGGCGGGGAGGACGACGACGGGGAGGUGCACCGCUCCAAGAUCAGCCAGGUCUUGGGCAAUGAAAUCAAGUUUGCUGUUCGGGAGCCUCUGGGGCUGAGGGUCUGGCAGUUUGCUUCUGCCGUGCUCUUCUCCGGCAUCGCCAUCAUGGCCCUCGCCUUCCCUGACCAGCUCUAUGAUGCGGUCUUUGAUGGAGCCCAGGUGACCAGCAAGACCCCCAUCCGCCUCUAUGGCGGUGCCCUCCUCAGCAUCUCCCUGAUCAUGUGGAAUGCUCUCUACACGGCUGAGAAAGUGAUCAUCCGAUGGACUCUGCUCACCGAAGCCUGUUACUUUGGGGUCCAGUUCUUGGUGAUCAGUGCCACGCUCGCAGAGACCGGCCUCGCGUCCCUGGGGAUCCUGCUGCUCUUGGCCAGCCGCCUCCUUUUUGUCGUCAUCAGCAUUUACUACUAUUACCAAGUGGGCCGAAAACCCAAGAAAGUCUAGCCACUCCCUGGGCCGGGGCCCCUGUGUGGCGGGGAGGCCCCGGGGCCUCAGUUUCCCUCUGGCUGCUGGAAGGCAGGAAGGAGCCUGCCCUGUGCCGGGCCUGCCCCCAGGCAGGCGGGGCUGACCGCCUUCCUUUCCUCCCGGGCACCCCCAAAUGCUGUGAUCUCCUGGGCUUUCAGGUUUGGGGAGGGACGGGGCCUCUUGAACCUCUGGCCCUCGCCCCACACAGGAACGCCUCCUUUUCGUGGGUCUCUUGGCCUCCGGAUCCCCUGGACAGACACUCACUGGAGAGCUUGAGUCGUGGGGUUUUGGCCUGAGAUGGGGCUCCCGCCCCUUCUGCCGGGAGGCCCUUCUCUGGUUUGAGACAGGCUGAGCACUGUCCCCCAGUCCUCCCUACACCCCUGGCCACUCUAGUGCCCAUGUGGCUGACCUUGGCUUCCGUGUAUGCCUGGAAAAAUCCAAGAAUUUGACCCCGUGCCCCUAUCCCUCCCCACCCAUGGGAGCUGCCCCUGCCCCCUAACCGCACACGCCUGCCCUUCCCACAGCCCAGCUGCGGGCGGACCGGCAGGGGUGGUGGUCUCUGAGCCGGUGCCUCCCUUUCAGCCUCCCUCUGCAGUGGGCCACCUGUCGCCAGAGCCCGGUCCCCAGCCCCAAGCCCGGCCACCACAGGCUCUCCUAGGGCCUUACUCUAGGCUGCCGUGCCUCCACCCGGCUCCCGGACGCCCCUAGGAGUCCCCUUCCCCCAACUGGCCUGGGUCCAGCCUCACCCCCAGGCUGACCCCGACAGUGGACGCAGAGAGAGGUGGAACCCCCGUGAUGGGGUUUGGAGGUGAAGAAGAGAGAGACGCAGUGGCGUUUCCUCGUCCCUUCGGUCUGCCCAGUUCAGUCCCCUCGCGCACCCUCGCCUUCUCCCCGGGGUGCUGCCCCCAAGACCCAGCGGGGUAGGACUGGGUGCCCUUCAAACUCAGCAGGGGAAAUAAAUAGAAAUAUUUCAGCA